AUGACUCGUUUCUGUUGGUUCGUGGGUUUGGUAAUAUUUUCACUUGUGAGAUGUCAGCCAUCCGUUAACGAAAAAGCACAACAGGCUGGAGAAGCCAUACAUUUGACUAUUCCUAAUUCUGAUUCUCAUCCACCUAAUCUGCCUCAUGAAAAUCUAGAUGUGAGAUUUCCUAGUAGUGGAGACACCAACCAAAUAAACUCACACCACAGUGAUGGCAUACCAAGUCUGUCUACAGAUCCACUUUCCCAGCAGUACCUAUCAGCAGAUGGAGGGACAAAGCAAUAUGAGCAUGGAGUGCCCAACCAAAUGAACUCUGGUCCUACUCUACAGCAAAAUAACCAGCCUGCUCAAGGGGUGCCUAGUCCUUAUAACCAGAAAAUCCUUCAAGACACCGAGAGAACGAAGACUGACAGCUCACAAAGUGGAAUAUUUACUCAUGAAAUACCCUCUGGAGAUAACAUUCCUGGUAGACAUGUUCCUCAACACUUUCCCAAUGGAGGUGGUCAACAGUUUACACCACCAAUGCCUAAUGUGCAUCCUAAUAUGGUUCCUAAUCAGCGUCCAGACCCGACAGGUAGAGUACAUGGGUCUAAUCACGCAGAAAUGCCACGAGUCCACAGUACUCAGCCUCCGCCAAACUACUAUGAACAGUCUAGUUUCAAGGAAUUUGAACGUAACCAUGAACAAUUUGCUAGUCGCAAUUACCAUGAUGGCCAAGAUGGAAUGUUUAGGAAUCCAAGUGACAAUAUGGCCAGUAGAUCUGCUUGGCAACAUGCUGACCAACAGAACUACCAUGACAAUUUUAGGAAGCCACAAGCAAAUAUCGCACAUGAAUAUCAGCUGGAUGAUAUCUUUACCUUACCUUCACGUGAGGAACCUUUGAAUAAUCGUGCUGACUUUGUUUCUCUGGUCGUUAUUGUGCCUCCUGGAGUGAAGCAUUGCUACUUUUACAAUCCUAUUUCUAACUUUGACAUUGAUUAUCAGGUUGUUAAAGGUGGUCAUUUAGAUGUUGGUAUAUUUGUUCGGGAUCCAGAAGGAGAACCAAUCGCAGUACGCCCUCCACUGUCGGAUUCACAAGUCUCAAUAUCUGUUCCGAAGUAUUUUCGUUUAAUGCCCUAUGCCAUUUGUCUGGACAACAGAAAGGCUAGUUACGCCUAUAAAUAUGUUUACUUCUCUAUUGAUGUGAAUAUAAACUGGGAUAAUCCCAGUGAGUUGGAAAGACAGGCGAUAGAAGCAUUACGAAGUAAUGCCCUGGCUAAUUCACAGGUUCAUGCAGCAAAUGCUGAACAUGCAGAAAGUAUAGAAAAACUUAUGGCACAAUUGGAUAUUAUAUUUGGUCGUUUACGACGUAUUGAACAUAUGCAACAACGUUCGAUAAACUUUGAUUCUGCAGACAGUUCAUUAAUGGAAGAUAAUUUAGAACGUAUAACAACUGGGUCGGUAUUUCAAGUGAUCCUUAUGAUUGCUGUAGCAGCUAUUCAAGUUGGACUUAUUCGUGCUUUAUUUGAUCAACAGAGUUAUUUUUACAAAUUGUGGUUUGGUAUUAGAUCACAGAAUAUAAAUGCUCGUUGUUAA